AUGGGGCGCCAUGGUCUCGGAGAAAUGAGCGAAAACGGAGAGCUGUUUGCAGAAUUCUGUGGCAAUAACGACAUGGUGAUCGGGGGAUCGCUCUUCGCCCAUCGACCGGUUCACAAGGUCACGUGGGUUUCCCGUGACGGCUUUACCGAAAAUCAAAUUGACCACAUCUGCAUCAGCCGAAAGGAUGAUACCACAGUGAAAAGGUCCUUCACUGUGGAACUGCAGACUUGUGCUGCAGACAUUCCGGAAGGUGGCAGCGUGGAAGACCAAUGGACUGCCAUCAAUAAUGCCUUCAUCGCCACCAGCGAGAAUAAUCUGGGUGAACUGCGCACCCAGAAAAAGCAAUGGAUCACUGAUGAGACCUGGACGGAAAUAGAGGAGCGAAGAGGAGCCAAAGCCGCAAUACAGCGAUACAAAACCCGAGGAGCCAUAUAUUCGGCCCGUCAACGAUACUCGGCUCUGGAGAAGGAAGUAAAACGCUCAUGUAGACGGGACAAGCGAGCGUGGGCGGACUCCCUCGCCGACGAAGGAGAGAAGGCCGCUGCAACCGGGGACAUUCGUCUCCUCUACUGUAUCUCACGACGCCUAAGUGGGGCGAAGAUGAAUGCGACAAUGCCUGUGAAAGACGCGAUUGGUCAACUGCUAACCAAGCACUUCGAACAACUUUUCCAGGUGCCAGCCAGGCCACCAUCAUCUCGCAAUGACCAGCCUAGGGUCGUGAAUACCGAGGUUCUGUCAUUGCUGGAGAUACAAACGGCCAUUCAAAGCAUGAAAUCGAACAAAGCCCCAGGGGUCGAUCGCAUAUCAGCCGAGAUGAUCAAAGCAGACCCCAUGACAUCCGCUCAACUGUUGCACAAUUUAUUUCGUAAUAUCUGGGACACCGCAACUUUUCCGGUCGACUGGAUGCAGGGUAUCUUAGUAAAGGUGCCCAAAAAGGGCGACCUGACUAUAUGCGAUAAUUGGCGAGGCCUUAUGUUGCUGUGUGCCGUUCUAAAAGUUCUAUACAAAGUGAUCCUAUCCCGGAUCUUUGAGAAGAUCGAUGCGACUCUCCGACGACAGCAGGCUGGAUUCCGUGCCGGAAGAUCCUGUGCGGACCAUAUUGUCACGCUCCGUAUCAUCCUGGAGCAAGUCAAUGAAUUCCAAGAGUCCCUUUAUUUGGUUUUCAUUGACUACGAAAAAGCUUUCGACCGUCUCAAUCACGAAAAUAUGUGGGACGCCCUGAAACGCAAGGGAGUUCCUUAG